AUGGGAUUGGACCCGCGCCGCCUCGCGCUCAAAGUCGUGCGCGCAGCCGUCGCUAUAGCGCCGCUCCACGCCAUGAUGGCGGAGCUUCCGCCACUGGCGGAAACCACGGCGGGCGGCGGAGGCAGAGUGGACGGCGGGGGACGCCUAGGAGGGGGAGGAGCUCGUGAGCAGAUUCCGCCCCACCCCCAGACUGACCCUUACACUGGCGGCUUUCCUUUUUGCGGUCCCCGCACCGCGUUCCGCCCACUUCCCUUGUUUCCUCGUCGGCAUUUCAGCAUUUCCCUUUCCCGGUCAAUCCUCGCAUGCCUCCCUUUCCGCCCUGCCCCGUUGUCUCACCAUUAUCCCCCCUCUGCCUCCCCCCGUCCGCGGGACUUCCGCUGCUCGAAUCGGCGCGCAGUGGCGGUGCUGGCGGAGCUCAAGGCGGAGUGCGGCGCAUUUCCGGGGAGUGCCACGUGGCAGAGCGGCAGAGAGUGCGCGCGGAUGGCAGGAGUGACGUGCGACAAGAAUGGCAACGUGCAGAAGCUGUACGUGACUGUGUUGAGUCGGAGGCAGCUCACCGGAUCGCUGCCCGAGUCCCUAGCCAACCUCACGGCCCUGCAACACAUGUGA